AUGAAGCUGGUGGCUUGGCUGAAGGGACGGGCGGUGACAGAGAUGACGUCAUACUGCUACGGUCCACUGUCCCAGAGUCCGGCGCGCCAUCCUUCCCCUUUGUCACAAAGGAAAAGGAGUCUUGAUAUGCCCGGAGUUCCAUCCAGCCGCGGUUGCGAUGCGUGUCGUAAGGUGAAAAAGAAGGUCUGGAUCCCAAAAACUACAUGGGCCUAG